AUGUAUAGAAUUUUAUGCUGUAUAUUUUCGUAUUUGAAGCCGUUGGUUUCCGAGUUGAUUCCUUACGUGUGGGAUGCUCACGGCACUUGUUCUGUUCUUCUGGGCAUCGCCCGAUGGAUGAAAGCCGGAUAUAUGACGUGUCAACCAGACUGGCAGCCACCUUCCUGGAACACUGAUUGCGAAGAUGAGCCGUGGAUGAUGGGUGGAGGAUUCCUCUGCGAAUGUUCUAGACUUGUUGCACCCUAUGGACCCAUCAUGCACCUAUUCAGCAACAGAACGCUUUUGCCUCUAUCAAUUGUAAACUACGAAAUACUGCCGUACACAAAAGGCGACCUGGAUCUUUUGGUGGCAUUAUCAAUAACAAGCGUGGACUAUCCGAAUGUGUCUUUUGCUCUACAAAAAGAAGUCUUUCUAGACAAAUUCAUACUGCCUUUCCUAGAAAACAGCCCUCAAUAUUGCUUCAUGGCUCAAGAACUUCUAUCUUCAACUGAGAAAAAGGUCAUAUGCUCAGUAUCUGCUCAUCCUAACGCGCGAUCCUUCUUUGAAAGAAUGCCCAUCUUGGUCUCGUCUCUAAGAGCUAAGUACAACGAUUUACACAAGGAUAGCUUUGAUCUUGACGAAAUUGAGAAGUGGUAUCCGACGAUCUUCGAUGAAAUAUUCGAUCGGUACCCAGCUUGGUUGGAUGCCCGUCUACUGGUGGAUGCCUAUGACUCAGUUCCGACGAAAAAACUCGUGCAAGUGGCAGCUGCGACAUUGUUCGUCAACGGUUAG